AUGGUCCUCGCACAGCCCCCAAAUCAACAUGUCAUGAAGGCCUUCGACCUCACGGGCAAGGUCGCAGUUGUGACCGGAGGCGGUCGUGGAAUUGGUCUUGAGGUCUCGAGAGCAUUGGCUGAAGCCGGUGCAAAUGUCGCUUUGAUCUAUCACACAUCCAAUACCGCUGAUACAAUUGCAGCCGAGAUUGCAUCUACUAACAACGUGCGCGCAGCAGCGUACAAAGCCAAUGUGGCCAUCCAGUCUGAGAUCGAGGCGGUUGUGCAGCAGAUCGCGAAAGAUUUCGGGCAACUUGAUAUCAUGGUCGUCAACUCUGGGAUUGCCUCGAACACCGCCGCCGAAGACUACACCACCGAUCAGUGGAGUGAGAUCAUGAAGGUCAAUCUUGAUGGUGCUUUCUAUUCUGCCCAAGCUGCCGGCCGGAUAUUCAAGGUACAAGGUCGUGGAAAUGUCAUCUUCACAGCCUCCGUCAGUGCGACUUUGGUCAAUCUCCCACAGAAGCAAGCAGCAUACAAUGCGUCUAAAGCAGGAGUUGUUCAGCUCGCCAAGUGCUUGUCUGUCGAGUGGAUUGACUACUGCCGAGUUAACUGUAUCUCCCCUGGAUAUAUCGCUACCGAAAUUCUGGAUACCUUCCCAAAGGAAUGGCGCGACAAAUGGUUCGACUUGAUCCCUGCCAAGAGAAUGGCCGAAUCUUAUGAGUUGAAGGGGGCCUACGUAUUCUGCGCCUCGGAUGCGUCAAGCUAUAUGACUGGUGCAAACCUCAUUAUCGAUGGAGGAUACACUUUGCCUUAG